GAUUAUAAUCCUGUAGAUGUGGAGAAAGGUGGAAAGGACCCGGAUUACAGUCGCCCCCAAAUGGAUAAAAUUAUUCCUGUUUAUCGAAGAGACUGUCACGAAGAAGUGUAUGCUGGAAGCCACGUGUAUCCGGGUCGCGGUGUCUACCUGCUGAAGUUCGAUAACUCCUACUCGCUCUGGCGAUCAAAAACGUUGUACUACCGCGUAUACUACAGCAAGUAG